AAAAAGAGGCUACGCGCGACUUUCUUUUUCUUUGAACUGAUAGAUCAGAGAGAGGGGGGGAGGUUGCUUUACAGCAACCCCUGGAAGGCUAGGAGGAUAAUAUGGCAAUUUGGGUACUCGGGAUUUUGCUUUUUGUGGUGGUGAGUGGAGGAAAUAAGGGCGGUGUCGCCGCCAGCGGUGGUGGUGGUGGUUGUGGGUUUCCGGCAGUUUACACUUUCGGAGACGACAAUUCGGACACCGGAGGAAAUGCAGCUGCCUUGGAUAAUUUGGUUUUGCCUAAUGGCCAGACUUUCUUCGGCAAGCCUUCUGGCAGAUACUGCGACGGCCGUCUCAUUAUUGAUUUCAUAGCUGAGCACUUGGGUUUGCCGUUCUUGAGUGCGUACCUAGACUCGUACGGCUCAAAUUUCAGCCAUGGUGCUAAUUUUGCGAUGGGGGGCGAGUACGUGGCGAAGGAUGAUAGCGGGUUAAGCCUUGGAGGCCAGGUCUUUCAGUUCAUUCAGUUCAAGUCGCGCACCACUGCCCUAUAUAAUCAACUCAAGGACCAUAGCGUAGAAGAAUCACCACUUAAAAGCAUACUUCCGAGGCCCGAGGACUUCUCAAAAGCUUUAUACAUAAUCGACAUGGGGCAGAACGAUCUAGCAAAUUCUACAUUUUACUUCCCUACAAAUGCUACGUUAUUACUGCAGUACGCCCGAAGCGUAACUAUUCCUAAAAUGAUAUUAGAGUUUUCUAGAUUGAUAUCUAUCCUCCAUGAGUAUGAAGGGGCAAUGUUCUUCUGGAUACACAACGUCGGUCCAAUCGGUUGCCUGCCACACACCGUCAAGUCCUGCCUAAAGGCAAUCCAAGGGUGUGAAUUGGAUCAAAAUGGGUGUGCCAAAUUUAGAGAUGAAAUGGCUCAAGAAUUCAACGGGUUGUUGAAGGAGGAAGUUUCCAAGGCCAGGGGAAAAUACCCAAAGGCGACGUUCACUUACGUCGAUUUGUAUGCAGCUAAACACAAUCUCAUCACCCAGGCAAAGAAUCUAGGUUUCGAGGAUCCGAUGGAAUUCUGUUGCGGGAGUUACGACGACGUGUACGUACGAUGCGGGCAAAAGCCGUUAAACGGAAAUGGAACAGUGAUUGGAAGUACUAGUACAUGCAAGGAUCCAUCGAAAUACAUAAGCUGGGAUGGAAUUCAUUUCACUGAGAAGGCCAACCAGUUGGUUGCAGAACUCAUCCUCAAUGGCUCCUUAUCCGACCCUCCAAUUUCUCUUUCUGAGGCUUGUCGUAAUCCAUGAGUCAAUAUAGAUUUGUCACUCACAAAUCACAAUAUAUAGAUAUGGAUGAUUUUUUUUUACUACUGGCCUAACAUGUGUACACAUCAAUGCAUAAUAUUAUGUUCAA